GAAAUACCUACAGUUCAUGUUAGAUCUUUUCCCCCACUGUCAAUGAUCUGUUCGAUAAUCUACCCGUCUGAGCUGCGAAGGUAGUAUACCGUUCAUCAGUAGCAAGUCAUCGUGCAUCAUAGCUCACGUGAGCUCGAGGUGGAUCAUCGCGGCGCUUAUUGGAGUCCCUCAAGACAGCAGCUGUCCUAGUUCUCCUCUUCACUUGUUAAAUUAUCAUAAAAAUUUCAAGUAUCAGCCAUCGAUACCGACGACGGAGCUGAGCUGAGACAUCGCUUCCUGGUCGCCUUAAUAACAUCUUUCAACUAACGCGCAGCACGAACUCCAUGAACCUCCGUUUCACAGACUCCCCAAAUGCGCGCUCAAAAUCAAUUACGACCGCCGAUGGCAUCGACACCUUUGGUAUCUUGAAUCAACACUCUACAGGAAACGGUGCCUACCAAGUCGGCAUAUCAGAGGACGUGGGUACACGACGAUAUAUGGAAGAUGCACAUUCCUUCGUCGUCGACUAUGCUGGUGUGCGAGGACAGGGUUUCUUCGCCAUUUUUGACGGUCACGCAGGAAAACACGCAGCUGAGUGGUGUGGCGCGCAUUUUCAUGAGUACCUCCUCGAUGCGCUCCGCACUUCAUCCAGUGCAACUAUUCCGGACGUUCUAAACGAGACAUUCCACAACGUUGACAAACGCAUUUCUCGCCUCAGUGAAGAAUCAGAUGGCAAGAUCCACUCAGGAUGCACAGUCGUGACCGCCUUUCUUCGCAUUGAGGAUGCAGAUGGGCAGCAAUCAUUCCUCCCCGUACCUCCACUUUCCCCACCCUCCCCUACCGACAGCGGGAGCCGAAGUGGUAGCGAGUCUCCAACCGAACCUACGGAAGAAUCCAAGGAGACAGGCAAGAAGGCAAAGAGCAAGUCCCCUGCAUCGGCUUCCCGUUUCGCCAGGGCGCUAAAAUCCCUGAGCGGCUCUUCGCCAAACUCACCCUCUCCGCCCUCCGCAUUCUCUGCUGCACGCAGCCAGACCUCUCCACCUUCUGUGCAAACACACACCACUCCAAUCAAUGCACCACUCAACUCGCGGCGCGUACUAUAUACUGCCAACGCUGGUGAUGCUCGCGGAGUACUUUGCCGCGCGGGCCGGGCAGUGCGCCUCACCUAUGAUCACAAGGGAAGCGAUAAGCAGGAGGCGAAACGUAUUACUGAUGCUGGUGGAUUCGUUAUGAGUGGGCGCGUGAACGGUGUUUUGGCGGUAACUCGCAGUCUUGGAGACAGCAGCAUGAAGGAGUAUGUCGUUGGGAGCCCGUACACGACUGAAACCGAGCUAGGAUGCGACGACGAGUUUCUGAUCCUUGCGUGUGAUGGGCUUUGGGAUAUUACAGGCGAUCAGGGGGCGAUCGACCUUGUGCGGCAUAUCUCGGAUGCACAAACAGCCGCAGAAACGCUCGUGAAGCAUGCCCUUGAACGACAAACAAAUGAUAAUGUCACUGUUCUCGUGGUGCGAUUUAAAGCGUUCAAAUCCACAGAGUCCAUGUGACUCGCUUAAGUAUGGAGAUGUUGAUUUGCUGCUUGGGAGGGGGGCAAAUGAGGGGUGUUAUUUUUUUGCGGUGGCCGACGUCUUGCAGUUGUUUUAGUUGGUUCUUGUAAUCGCUUCAUUUCGCGCACGAGCAUUUCGUUUACCUUGUCUGCACCCGUACUCUACUAAUAUCCGUUCAAUGUAGAUUUGAUGUGUCAGAGCUGAUCGAUAUCCGACCGAUUUUCACU